CCGAUGACUGAAAGGACCGAGUCGGCUUGAGGGGCAGGCACCUAAGCUGAAAGAAGCCGGGCUCUGGAAAGUCAUGUUUCGCAGAGUGCUGCGCCUUGGCUUGGGCCCGGGUCUCCCAUACCGGGGGCUACGCACACGCAAAGGAGGCUUUACUCCGGACUGGGAUGCAAAGGUGUCUGACUUUAAGAAGAAGAUUGAGUCCAUCCUGCCUGGAAAGAAAUAUGAAGUGCUGUAUGACACCAGCCACCUGCCCCCAGAACAGUCGGAUGUGGUCAUCAUAGGAGGUGGGAUUCUUGGUCUGUCUGUGGCCUUUUGGCUGAAGAAGCUGGAGAGUAGACGAGGUGCCAUUCGGGUGCUGGUGGUGGAGCAAGACCACACGUAUUCACGGGCUUCCUCCACAGGGCCUUCUGUGGGCGGGAUUUGGCAGCAGUUUUCUGUGCCUGAGAAUGUCCAACUCUCACUCUUUUCAAUCAACUUUCUCCGGAACAUAAAUGAGUACCUGGCUGUGGUGGAUGCUCCUCCUGUGGAACUUCAGUUCAACCCCUCAGGCUGUCUCUUGCUAGCUUCAGAAAAGAAUGCUGCCACCUUGGAAAACAAUGUGAAAAUGCAAAGGCAGGAAGGAGCCAAAGUCUGUCUGAUGUCUCCUGAGCAGCUGCAGAGCAAGUUUCCCUGGAUAAACGUAGAAGGAGUAGCUCUGGCAUCUUAUGGAUUGGAGGAUGAAGGUUGGUUUGAUGCCUGGUCUUUGCUCCAGGGUCUUCGUCGAAAGGUCCAGUCAAUGGGAGUCUUUUUCUGCCAGGGAGAGGUGACACGUUUCAUCACUUCAUCUACCCCAAUGGAGACCCCAACUGGGGAACACGUAGUAUUGAGAAGGAUCCACAACGUCCAUGUGAAAAUGGACAAGAGCCUGGAGUAUCAGCCAGUGGAAUGUGCUGUAGUGAUCAAUGCUGCAGGAGCCUGGUCUGGGAAAAUUGCAGAGCUGGCUGGUAUUGGCAAGGGACUUCCUGGCACCCUCCAGGGUACCAAGCUACCUGUGGAGCCAAGGAAAAGGUAUGUGCACUUAUGGCACUGCCCACAGGGACCAGGUCUGGAGACACCAUUAGUUGCAGACAUCAGUGGAGUCUAUUUCCGACGGGAAGGAUUGGGCAGCAACUACCUAGGUGGCUGUAGUCCUACUGAGGAGGAAGAACCAGACCCAACAAAUCUGAAAGUGGACAAUGACUUCUUCCAGAGCAAAGUGUGGCCUCAUUUGGUCCAGAGGGUGCCAUCUUUUAAGACUCUGGAGGUACAGAGUGCCUGGGCUGGCUAUUAUGACUACAAUACUUUUGACCAGAAUGGCGUGGUGGGCCCUCACCCACUAGUUGUCAACAUGUACUUUGCUACGGGCUUCAGUGGCCGUGGGCUUCAGCAUGCACCUGGCAUCGGUCGCGCUGUGGCAGAAAUCAUACUAGAGGGUCACUUUAAGACCAUCGACAUGAGCCCCUUCCUCUUUACCCGCUUUUACUUAGGAGAGAAGUUGGAGGAGUACAAUAUCCUCUGAGCGUGAAAACUGUCUCUGGGCCUCACCAGCCCAGGCAUGCUCUGCCUCAUGCUGACUUCGGUCACUGCCUGAGUCUCCCCAGCACUGUGUCAGGGAUACAUCCCUUUCUUCACCAUCCUUUAAACCAGGCUUCUUCCCCGGUGUCUCUGGACAUGGAAUGAGCAUAGGCACAGAGACCCAGACCAGUGGAAAGUGAUGAAGUGGGACCCUAGGACUGAUUGUAGCCUAGGCUGAAUCACUACCCAAACAGUUCAGCAGGCAUCCGAGGCAUGGUGCCCAGGACUGGCCUCCUUCCUGGUGUUGAUGCAGAGAAAUCUGACCAGAGCCAAGGCACAGCAUUUUAGGAUAACCUGGCCAAAAUUUAUUGACUUGUCUAUUAACCUGUUCUUUAAUCAACAUAUGUAUGUGAUUAAUCCCUUCCCUCUGGCCUUAUGUUCUUCCUACUUUUCUUCUCAUGGUAGAAGCUUUUGAAGUAUUGUGCCAUUAAAAAGGCAGCUUUGGGGGCUGAAGAGAUGGUUAAGAGCACUGACUGCUCUUCCAGAGGUCCUGAGUUCAGUUCCUA